AUGACCAUGGAUAUUUCUCGACAAGAGUACUACAAAAAGUUGAGAUCGACAGAAUCGUCAGCAGUUGACGGGAAUAACCUCGAAACUUCGUCGACACGUGGCCAUGGAUUUUCCGAAACGGUUUCAGAAUUGACAAUCGCCAUCAAAUUGGACCACGUUCGAGUGGUUUUCAUUUUCUGGAGUGCGGGAGAAAUCGAUUGGCCAAUUUUCAGGAUCGGAUGCAAUGCAACUGAAGAAAUUGUUCGCUUGUUGACACUGCACAAAUUCGCCGGACAUCGACGAAUUCUCUUACAGUGUUCUGAAGAUCAAGGAACGCAAAUCCUGAAAGAACAUUACUUGGAACCCGAAAGUGCAAAUUGCUCAGAUUUGAGCACAAUUUCAGCACACAAACUUGUCCACGAAUAUGGACCUUUCCAGAGAGAACCAGUGAUUCGUUUGACACAUGUGCCCAAGAAAAAUUACUUUCGAAAGAAUGGGAGCGUUUUCUACAAAAAUUUGUUUCACACUGCUGCUGAAUUUGCGAGGGAACAACGAGGAAAAAUGAAAUUGGCAUGUGCCGUCAUUGAUGACUUGAUUCCUUGGAUGGAUGUCAAGAUUGAUCAGCGGAUUGGACAAUUAGUUUUGCACACUGGGACUGAAGCUGAAAUGCUGGGAUUGAUAUUCAAUCAUUUGAAUUUCACGUGGGAAUGGGGCAUUCCAAUGAAAAAUGGAUCAUUUGAUGGCUUGAUUGGAGAGCUGUCGGAAAAUAGAGCUGAUAUCGUCGCCAAUAUUCUUGCUAUUUCAAGAGCUCGAAUGAAAUUCGUGGAUUUUACAAAACCUUAUCUUUAUGAGUACACCACCUUCGUCACUCGGAAGCCGGACGAAAUCAGCAAAGCAUAUGCCAUUGCAAAACCCUUUUCCGACCAGACUUUGAAGCGGAAAGAAUAUUCAUUGCUGUGGGACAGACUUCAAAGCACGGAUCACCGAGGACCAGGGAUUUUGACCAACGCAACCAGCAGGACCGCAGUCAUUUCCGCAGUACAAGAGAAGAAAAGAGCGCACAUUGUUGGCAAAAUUAUUUGCACGGGGAUUCUUUUGCAAAAUGGACUGGAAGAAAUGGCCGUUGUGAGCCCAGGGAUGAAUAUCCUGACUCAGAUGAUGGGCGUUGCUGUUCGAAAGGGAUCUCCACUUUUACCAGUCGUGGAUCAAAUGAUCAGCAGGAUGUUAGCAGCAGGUUUAAUUGACUUCUGGACUAGGCAUUCUUUGGCUAAAUCCAGACAAGAAUAUGGCCUCAACACAGGACCAAGCUCAAAAGAAGAAAAGACCAUGGCUUUGAAACUGGAACACACUUACGCCGCAUUUUUCGUUUUGGGAAUUGGAACAGCUUUGUCUUGCUUUGUGUUCCUGAAAGUCAAUCAAGAUGACGUUCAAUGCGCCGGAGUCCCGCAAAGAGCCGAGCAUGGUUUUGAAAUAGAUGUCGCUCUCGAUUCGGGCAGCAUGCAGCAGGGCAAACUGUACCUCACUCCUAGACCGCACUACCAUCCAGACAAAUCUUUAGGACAAGUUCAUAAUCACGACGCCCUACUUGGCCUACCAGAAACUGGUGAACAGCAGACGUUUCGAUGGAGUCACAUUUUGACGGAAAGGAAUGCAGUUUCUUUGAAAAGCUCGUCUCAGUUGUUGUCCGAGGUCCUCAUCGUCUCCUUCGCGACAUUUGUCUGA